GAAUUUGAUCAAAAGUUAGCAGGGUAGAAAGCCACCAUUUUUUGUUUCAUUUUUCUUCUUAAUUUCCACCUUAUUUCUCACCCAUUUUGAUUAAUCCAUCCAUCAAAACUUCAUCCACAUGUCGGAGCUUAGUUUGAAGAAAAAGUGGAAGAAAAGAGAAAGAAGAACGAGAAAGGAAAAAGGUAAAGUUGGACUUGGAAGCUUGAAGAAGGAAUUUUAGAGACUUUUGAGCUAUUUUAAGUUGAAGUUUGGGUUGAAAGAUGUCAGCAGACUCUUGUAGGGCUGUAAAUGGCGAAGUAAAGAAUCAUGCACCGGUUGGAGCAGAAGAUAGAGGUCCUGAUCAGGCACAACAACAGGCCCCUACUAGCACUAUUGGGUCAGGUCAAGAGGCUUUUUUCCAGUCUAUGGCUAAUAUGAUUAGGCAGUUAAUUGGGGCUAUACCACAGGCACCUUCGGCUCCAGUAAGCUAUGGGUCUCCUCUUGAGAAAAUUCGCAAAUAUGGUGCAGAAGAUUUCAAAGGGAAGGAAGACAAUGGUCCCUCGGCAGCUGAGUAUUGGUUAGAGAACGCGCAAAGGAUUCUGCAGCAGCUACACUGCACACCUGAGGAAAAAUUAGAAUGUGCUGUAUCCUUACUUAAGGAGGAGGCUUACCAAUGGUGGGAUACUGUAUCCCAUAUAGUUCAACCCUCAUAGUUGACUUGGAAGUACUUCCUAGCGGAAUUUCAAAAGAAAUACAUCAAUGAGAUCUAUCUGGAGGAACGAAAGAGAGAAUUUUUGUAUCUUGAGCAGAAUAGAUUGACUGUUGCAGAGUACUGAGAGGGAAUUUGUACGAUGCUAAGGAGUUUGUGUCUACGGAAGCUGAUAUGUGUGCUCGGUUUGAGCGUGGUCUUAAUGAUGGGAUUAGGGUAUACCUAAUAGCUCUAAAGAUUCAGGAGUUCUCUACUUUAGUCGAGCGAGCUUUGAAAGUAGAACAAGUCAUGAAUGAAGAGCAGAAAAAGAACGAUAGAAGUCUGAUGAAAAGAAGUCAGGGACAAACUAGCUCUGUAUCAUUCUCACCUAUGAAAAAGGCUAGGGAUUCUCGAGGUACGAUAUAUUAAACACCAAUUCGCACUCAGAGAUAUGAUCAGAGACCAAGUUUGGGUUCGACAGUUACGCCGGGGCAGCAAGCAACAUAUGUAGCUAGUAAAGGAGGAUCGAGGAGAAGAUCAUUUCUCCCAGUCUGUGAGCACUGUUUUAAAUGUGGCUCCAAGGAUCACAUCCUUAGAGAUUGUCCUAAGAAGACAGUUUCUGAAUAAACUAGCAAUGUAAAUCAAAACUUUUUAUUUUUUAUUUAAUUUCUUUCUAAAUAUGUACUAAUUAUAAAAUAUUAAAUUGGCUUCUAUAUUUAAUCAAAGGCCACAUAGAGUUUAUCGAAA